UAUCCCACCCCCUGGCCAUGCCUGGUGUAAAUGAUUCAGGCGUUUAACACUCUCCUUGUGGUUAAAGGGAGCCAGAUCUGGGCUUUGGUGUGAACUGAACGUUGACAAGCCACAGCAAACGCAACAGUUCCUUUCCAGAGGCUGUUGCAUUGUAAAGAAAGAAGGAUAAUUUAUUAUGUUUUGGGUAGGUUGGGGUGGGGGCUGAGAGUGAAAGCCAACUAGUUGCUCUAAGCCACAGUUCAGUUGCGUGUUGGGAAACCAUGGUUUGCUGCAGCGUACCAAAUUGAGUCAGCCAUGCUCGUCUAAACUCUUAAUGCGACUGAGUGUUUUUGCUUUCAGGGUCAAGCAGAUGCUGACACAGGUCUGGUGGAAAUGUGCAAGGCAUUUGCUGAAUCUUGUUUCAAAACUUCCCAGGGACUCUCUUUGCUAGGCUUGCCUUGCUGUUGGUCUCUGCGUGUUGCAGAGGAUUUUAGCGAUGGGGGAGGGCCUACUGUUUUUUUUUAUUAUGUAUUUUAGUUGGAGCCCCCAAAGGUGCGCUCUCCUGAUUUUUCCAGGUCGCUCUGAGACAGUCCCUGAACCCUGGAGCUUGCAAUCUGAAAUACAUGGCACACGAGGAAAAAGGACUGGUGAGGGAGGAGGAAACACAAGGCACCAAUGCUGAAAAUUACUAUGAUGGCUGGCUGGGAUAGAAUCUGCUCAGGUAGCCUGAUUGGACACGUGCUGUGAGGACAAAGUUCAGAGAGGUUCAAAGACAGCUGGUUUCUCAGCAGAGAAUGGCACAAUAAACCAUGGUUGGCAUGACGUCCAGGUUUAACAAACACCAGUGCCUUUGCUCCUUUUGAAGCACUCUGGACAAUAUCGGUGAGAUGGGUCGACUUGGACAGAUGGCAAGCCAGGCAUGGAGCAUAUGGAAAAGUUUUCCGCCGGCUUUUCUCGUGGCUUUCUACCAACGGAGAAGCAGAGAAGCCCUAAAUGGCCUUGCAUCUUGAGUUUCUUAUGCAUUAUUCCGCUCCUGGGUCUGCUGGCCGCUCGGGAAGGUUUGCUUGAGACGAAAGCAAGAGAGACUGAGGCAGAUCCUGCACUUCACGGUUUUCCUCCUGGAAUUCCCCCUGCUCUCCGAGAUGGCAAGUUUCCACCUCAUCCCCAUAGCCGGAAGAAACGCUACACUCUCACUCCGGGUCACCUGAAGUGGGACCACUUCAAUCUCACAUACAAGAUCCUGUCUUUCCCUAGGAACAUCAUCAAUGAGAGCCAGACAAGGAAGGGCCUGUCUGCCGCUUUCCGCAUGUGGAGUGAAGUCUCCCCCUUCAGCUUCCGAGAGGUGCCGCCUAGGGCAGCCAGUGACCUAAAAAUUGGCUUCUAUUCCAUAAACCAUACAGACUGCUUGGAGUCCAGUAUCCACCACUGUUUUGAUGGGACAACGGGAGAGCUUGCCCACGCUUUUUUCCCUCAGACAGGCGAGAUCCAUUUUGACGACCAUGAAUACUGGAUCGUGGGCAACACGAGGUUCAGCUGGAAAAAGGGCGUUUGGCUUACAGACCUCGUCCACGUUGCAGCCCACGAAAUCGGCCAUGCCUUGGGCCUCAUGCACUCCCUGGACCCCAAUGCCUUGAUGCACAUCAACGCCACCCUGACUGGGAAAAACACCAUUUCGCAGGACGAGAUGUGGGGGAUCUUCCGCCUUUACGGCUGUAAAGAUCGAGUCUUCAUAUGUCCUUCAUGGUCUCAGAAAGGCUACUGCAGAACACGCAGGAAGUUUAUGAAGAAACAUUGUCCAUAUAGCUGCGACUUUUGCUCAGAAUUCCCGUUCCCAACGGUGAUGCCAACUCCGCCUCCCCCAAGGAUGAAAACGAGGAUUGUUCCCGAAGGCAGGAACGUUACCUUCCGAUGUGGCCAGAAGAUCAUUCAUAAAAAAGGCAAAGUUUACUGGUAUAAAGAGAAGGAGCUUCUGGAAUACUCCUAUCCGGGAUACCUGUCUCUGAAUGACGACCACAUGAGCAUCAUAGCCAACGUCAUCAAUGAAGGGACCUAUACUUGUGUAGUGAAGAAAAAGUCUCAGAUCCUCACCACGUAUUCCUGGAGGGUCAGGCUGAAGCACUAGCAGGGAACCCUUUGCAAAGGACUUUGGUAUAACCCAAGUGGUUCUGUCCCAUGUUGGGUUUCCUCUUUUCUGCUUGUCGUUUUGUAUAUCUAACUUUCAGCAGUGCACCUGAUCUUAAAAACAGCAAAGCCCAUCCACAGGUGUGGCUUGGGCAAUGUGUGUGGGGAGGCUGGGCCUUCCUCCCCAUCUGUUCUGUAUAUUUUAGUUUUAGCAGGUCAAAGAGAUGGGAGCUAGAACGGCUGUUUUGUUUAUCUUGCUACUGUUUACAAAAAGAGAGCCUGUAAAAUGUACGGGGGGGGGGGCCAAACAAAGCCCACACCUGUGGACAUCUAGGUCUGGGGAGGUGCCAACAGCUUUGGGAAGUGGCAAUGUCUAGUGGCUACCAGAUGGAGAAUAACUGAAAUGUCACCUUGGUAAUAAAUUCAGCU